AUGAUCGACAUAGCGUGGCUUUGUGCGCUUGCGAUCCGCAGCGUCUAUUGGCUUGUUUUGCUUGCUUGUAAUUUUCUUGGUUAUUCUACACUAUGGGCUCAUCGAGAAAUAAAGCAAAGAGGGGAGCGCUAUGAUGCUCGUCGUUGUAAAGUCCCCUCCCAUGUCGCUAUAGUUAACAAUGAUCGGCCCAUAAAUAAGAAUAUGCUACUAUCUCUUCUAGAGAUCUCUCUGGAUGAAAACAUCCGACGAUUGACUAUUUAUGACCCCUCCAAUGACUAUUCCAGUCUAGCACGCGAAAUUAGAAUAUUUUGUAGAAGUAAGCAUAUCAAAAUCAUUAUGGAUUGUACGAAUUGUUCUGACGAUCUUUCGUGCUAUCGGCUGGUCGUGCAAUUGCUUUCUUCCGGCUCCGGACGUUCUGUUCUAGUGAAAACAUGUCGAGAGCUGUCGUCGUCAAGCGCUCCGAUAACUGUGAAUGGUGUUACAGGACAUUUAGCUGGAAAGUAUUCUCUUCUAGAACCUGAACUUCUAAUUCAGGUUGGCAGCGUUCCUUCACUAUGUGGGUACCCUCCUUGGUGUUUAAGAGUUACUGAAAUUGUAGCCGUUCGAUCGUUACCAUGUAGCCGAUUCGCAUUUGAAGAGUGUUUGGAGACAUUUAGCAAACGAGAUAUUCGCAGAACGAUGGCGAACUGCAGUGUUUGCGAUUCUGCGGUUUGGGGAGCUUCUGCUUUGCAGCCGGAAGAGUUGCAUUGGAUGGCGGAAUUGGCGCACGCCAUCCCGGCGGUGGAUAUGAUCAACGCCACAUCGCGGCUUCAAAUCGAGGCUGCUGAGGUGCGUGCCAGUAAGCCUAAUUGGGGAUCUUAUUUGCGCUCGCAAAUGAUUCCUCAAGAGGAUUACAACUUCAUCUCCGCCUACGAGAACGCCAAGAACAAAGAAGAACGUGAUGCAGUGCUGGCUGCAAACGAUGCCAACGGACAGGCGGCUCGCACUAUCGUAAAUCUCAUUACAAACGUAGCAAAAGAUCAAAACGUUCGCUAUGUUUUAACACUGCUUGAUGACAUGCUCCAAGAAGACAAGAGCCGCGUCGAAAUUUUCCAUAACGCUGCACGAAAACAAAAGCGGACAGUGUGGUCAUGGUUCCUUGGUAUUCUUCAGCGUCAAGAUAACUUCAUUGUUAAUCAGAUGAGUUCCAUUAUUGCCAAGCUUGCGUGCUUUGGAUCAACUCUUAUGGAGGGAUCUGAACUCAACUACUACUUCUCGUUUUUGAAAGAUCAACUAAAGAGCUCUUCCACAAAUGAAUACAUGAACACCACUGCCAGAUGUCUUCAAAUGAUGCUUCGUAUUGAUACGUACAGGCAUGCUUUUAUGGAAGCAGAAGGGAUUCAGUCCAUCGUGGCGGCAUUAAACGGGAAGGCUAAUUUCCAGCUCCAGUACCAGUUAGUGUUUGCUCUCUGGUGCCUUACCUUCAAUCCCGAUAUAGCUCGUCGAACACCUUCACUUGGCGUGAUUCAGGCACUUGGUGACAUUCUUUCUGAAUCAUCAAAGGAAAAGGUCAUUCGCAUCAUCAUAGCGACUUUCAGCAAUAUUCUCAAGAAAGUUGAUGAGCGAGAUAUCAAGAAGGAGGCCGCUCUGCAAAUGGUGCAGUGCAAAACACUGAAAACACUCGAGCUCACAGAUGCCAAGAAAUACGGAGAUACCGAGCUAGAGGAAGACGUAGAAUUCCUUAGUGCUCAGUUACAACUUUCCGUUCAAGAUCUAAGUUCUUUUGACGAGUAUUGCAGUGAGGUUCGUUCUGGUCGUCUCCAGUGGUCUCCUGUCCAUAAGUCGGACAAGUUCUGGCGCGAGAACGCUCCUCGUUUCAAUGAAAAGAACUUUGAACUUAUCAAGAUUUUGAUACGACUGCUCGAAACUAGCCAGGACCCACUUAUACUUUGUGUAGCUGCUCAUGAUAUUGGAGAGUAUGUGCGACACUAUCCUAGGGGUAAAACUGUAAUCGAGCAGUACCAAGGGAAACAGGCUGUGAUGCGGCUCCUAACAGCAGAAGACCCAAAUGUCCGUUAUCAUGCCCUACUAGCCGUCCAAAAGCUUAUGGUGCACAACUGGGAAUAUCUAGGAAAGCAACUUGAUGUGGAUACUCCCGAAACGAAAAUUUUGAUAAAAUCCGUUGGCGAGGGACGGUGUGGGUGGCGGUGCGCACAUUCCCUGCUUAAGUGUUCUAAAAAGAAGGUGGUGGCAUCGAUGACGAAAGUUGCAGAAUGCGGGGAGAACAAAGCCGAUGCUCCUCUUCAUGGUGUUCAUUCGGGGCGAGUUGAAAAACGACAUAUUGAAGGUCGCCAUGAUGGUGAAGCGAAAGUUCGUAUCAAGAGAGCCAAAUAUGCGAUGUUACUCGCUUACCAAGGGAAGGAGUACUUUGGAAUGCAGAUUCAAAAAGGUCACCCUACAAUUGAAGGACAUCUUAUUAAUGCUAUGCAUAAACUUGGAUGGAUCACUGAACAGAUGAAGGAACAGCCUGCACUUUUUCACUUCCAAAGAGCCGCUCGUACGGAUCGCGCAGUUUCCGCAGUACGACAGAUAUGUGGCAUGGAACUUCCUCAGAGUGAUGAUUACGCUCUCAUGGGUGCCAAUCAACUGAAUGAGCUUCUUCCACAAGAUAUUCGAGUUGUAGCGAUGCGUCGAGCAACGAAUGCUUUCCACCCACAGAAAAUGUGCUGUGCACGGACGUACAGUUAUACGCUACCUACUUUUGCAUUUGCGAAACCUACUGAGUUGACAAAUGCAGCUUUCCGGAUAAAAAAAGAGACUCUCGAAGAAAUCAAUCAUCUCCUGAGCAUAUAUAAAGGCACCCAUAACUUCUUUAAUUACACUUCAAGGAGAGACUUUGACGAUCGAAGUUGUCAUCGUUACAUUCUAUCAUUCGAAUGUGGUGAGCCGUUUCUCUUUCACGACGAUAUUCGGAAUGAAGAUGUGGAGUUUGUCCAACUUACGGUCAAAGGACAGAGUUUCAUUCUGCACCAAAUCCGCAAAAUGGUUGGAAUGGUAAUAGCUGUCGUGCGUGAACUUCAGUAUAAGAGCUAUAUUCAAAGAACUUUUGAAAGUGAUCGAGUUGACGUUCCUAAAGCUCCUGGUCUUGGGUUGUUAUUGGAACGUGUCCAUUACGACGUCUAUGACAGAAAGCAUGCAAAAACACACGAGCCGUUGACCGACUGGGGACCCGAAGUUGAAGCACGUAUUAAUGAAGUGAAGUUUGAUCUCAUCACUAAAGAAAUCCUCAUUUCUGAAAUACGCCAUCAGUCUAUGCUCCAAUGGUUGGCUGAUCUUGUGCGACAUGACUUUUGUGCUGAUCCCGAGGCUGAGGAGGUUCCUGAACAAACUUUUUUGUCUAUGGCUGUGGGCAAAGCUGCUGAGGCUGCCAACGCUAACGGUGAGAUGCUGGAAAAUAGUAACAUGACAGUUACAUCAUGUGAAGGCAAGAACGAAGAGUCCACGAAAGAGCAUAGCGCGACUGCUCAUGAAGAUGUGCUAGAGGAAACCAAAUCGGCAAAUGUUACUCACUGA